CGCGGCCGGCAGCCAUGAGCGCGGUGCUGGAUGUGCUGUGGGAGGACAGAGAUGUCCGCUUCGACAUCUCCCCGCAACAAAUGAAAAUGAGACCUGGAGAGGUCCUCAUAGACUGCUUAGAGUCUGUUGAAGAUACCAAAGGAAACAAUGGAGACAGAGGUAGACUGCUUGUGACAAAUUUGCGGAUUAUUUGGCGCUCAUUGUCAUUGCCCAGAGUCAAUCUCUCUGUUGGUUACAACUGCAUUAUAAAUAUAACUACAAGAACUGCCAACUCAAAAUUACGAGGGCAGACAGAAGCUCUGUAUAUAUUGACUAAAUGUAACAACACACGGUUUGAGUUCAUAUUUACCAAUGUUGUCCCUGGGAGUCCCAGACUCUUCACUUCAGUUAUUGCUGUACACAGAGCUUAUGAAACUUCUAAAAUGUAUCGUGACCUUAAGCUGAGAAGUGCACUGAUUCAAAACAAGCAACUGAGAUUAUUACCACAAGAACAAAUAUAUGACAAAAUCAAUGGAGUUUGGAAUUUAUCAAGUGACCAGGGAAAUUUGGGAACGUUUUUUAUUACUAAUGUGAGAAUAGUUUGGCAUGCAAAUAUGAAUGACAGCUUUAAUGUCAGCAUACCAUAUCUACAAAUUCGUUCAAUAAAAAUAAGAGACUCAAAGUUUGGCUUGGCGCUUGUGAUAGAAAGUUCUCAGCAGAGUGGAGGAUAUGUACUUGGUUUUAAAAUAGACCCUGUGGAGAAACUACAGGAGGCAGUGAAAGAAAUUAAUUCACUUCACAGAGUUUAUUCAGCUAACCCUAUAUUUGGAGUGGAUUAUGAAAUGGAAGAAAAGCCUCAACCUCUUGAAGACCUAACAGUGGAGCAGGUUCAAGAUGAUGUGGAAAUAGAAUCUGAUGAACAUACAGAUGCUUUUGUGGCUUACUUUGCUGAUGAAAACAAGCAACAUGAUCGGGAGCCCAUUUUUUCCGAAGAACUAGGACUUGCAAUAGAGAAGCUGAAGGAUGGAUUCACACUCCAGGGACUCUGGGAAGUAAUGACCUGAUUUAGGUUGGCACAUGUUUCCUAAGCAAGGAAAGACUCAGUUCUUACUCGGCUUGUGAGAUCUGUAGAAGAAAACUUAGAAAUACCAGAGUAGCAGAGAAAGAACAUGCUAA